AUGACGGUGCCAACAUUGACAAGUCUUCGUCAGAUGUCUCCAGAUAUUUGUGUGAAGCAAGCUCUUGAAGUUAUUCGCCAUCCUCUUAUUCGGUUUGCUCAAAUGUGUGCCACACUAACCUGUUCGUUAUCUUUAAUUCUUCUAAUAAGGAUCAUGUUUAAGAAACUGCCCAAGUGUAGUUAUCACAAAAACUUCAAGGUCCUUCUAUGGACUUUCCAUUUCAAUGCACUGGUGCACGCAGUGAUCAUAAGCUUGAGCCAGGCUCAUCAGUUUCUCCGAGGUUUUAUAAUUGAAGAACCAUGUGAUCUGUUCUUAGAUCCCAAUUACUACCGAUGUGCGAACGUUAUAAUAUUCUUCUUAAUGCAGUACCAGGUUUGGCUCCUUCUGUUUAUGUGGCUUGAGAGGUUAACGGCUACAAUUUGCCAGAGGAACUAUGAACGAAACGUCGAGUUCUUAGGAAUUAUUUUCCUCUUUUUCGCUGCAAUUGUGCCUGCGGGACUAACCUACUGGGCAUACACGGAAGAAAUGUGGUUCGACCCAGCCAUAAAUGUUAUAAAUACUCCGAGCUCUUCACGAAUCAAAGUGAACAUUGUCUUCUACGUUCAUUUGGGAAUUUGCGGUUUUUGUUUAAUUUCUAUAAUUAUUAUUAAUCUAAUCAACAAACGACUCAAAAUCUUUAAAACGCAUUCUUCCUUGUCUUCUCGAUACCAAAUAUCUGAAAACGUAAUGACGACAAGAAUUCUGAUAUAUAUUUCUAUUUUUACAACGGCAAUGUACAUUCUUUACCUCUGCUGCACGUUAACUGUUCGCCUAACGGAACAGUUUUCGUUUUUCCGAAACCGAUACCCACUCUAUCAGGGAUUAAGAAACACUUCAUAUGUUCUACCCUUAUUUGACUUAAUUCUUCCACUUGUUACUCAGUUUGUUCAUGAUUAUGGACGACGUGCUUCUGCAAUCAAACGAUUGGAGAUAAUUGCAACGGCUGCUACUGGGGAUGAAGGAUGGAGGAUGUACUCAUCAGUCAUUCAAAAACAAUGGGGUUAA